AAGAGUGCAAAUUGCAGGUUCCCUUAUUGUCUUCUGUAUCGUAUCUGAUUGUAUACGGGGUGGCUGAGCCUAUCCCGUCGGUACUCUGAGUACAACUACCAGGUACUGGCAACCCCCACCUUGUUUUCCCCACUUACCCAGUAGGGGAAAAUAACGCAACUACCUACCCAGGUGCCUAAGUACACCGUGCUUAUUAUAAUAGUGCCUAGCACUUAAGCACCGUCAACUUCCUCUUGCACCCUUCUCUCAUACUAAUUACAUCAUCGAACCGGUUGCCCCUUCGACACAACUACUAUAUCAUUGCUCUUGGCCAACUUCCAGUAAUUUGGUUGACAGUUGCUUGUCAAUAAACUAUCGAAUUGCUAGCUGCACUCCAAAGGAACCGAGUAAACCUCCUGAGAAAUGAACGUGAUCAAGCUUCAAAGGAGAUUUCCUCAGUUCGAGCAGUCGGAGAUCUUCACUCUUCAAGAUGCAUUUCGGAAGCUGGAUAUUGACGACAAAGGCUCCCUAGACGAAGCCACUGUGAUCAAGGCUACUCAACAGUCAGAACGAAAGCCCUAUGAUGUCGUGCGUCAGGCGUUGAAGGAAGUUGAACUCGACAGCUCUCGUCGUGUAGAGCUUGAGGAUUAUGUAGACCUUAUCUCUAAACUUCGCUUCGCACCGACGCAGAAUAGCGCUGUUCCAACUUCUACGCAAGUGCUUUCGGGAAAUGGAACCGGUCCAUCUCGGCAUGUCUCGAAAGGUAGCAUAGGAGGCAAAAUCCAUGUUCAGGGCUCCUCAGCAAAUGUAACACAUACCAUCAACGAGGAUGAAAGGACAGAAUUCACCAGACAUAUCAAUGCUGUUCUGGCGGGUGAUCCAGACAUUGGCCACAUCUUACCUUUCCCUACCGAUACAUUUGAAAUGUUCGAUAAAUGUAAGGACGGUUUGGUGUUGGCGAAAUUGAUCAACGAUAGUGUUCCGGAUACAAUCGACGAGCGUGUCCUGAAUAAAGCCGGAAAGAAGAUCAAAGAGCUCAAUGCGUUCCACAUGACUGAAAACAACAAUAUCGUGAUCAACUCAGCUAAGGGUAUUGGCUGCUCUGUUGUGAAUAUAGGAAGCGGCGAUAUUAUAGAAGUGCGCGAACACCUCAUUCUUGGUCUGAUCUGGCAGAUCAUUCGUCGGGGCCUCCUUGGCAAAAUUGACAUCAAACUCCACCCUGAACUGUACAGGCUUCUAGAGGAGGAUGAAACUCUAGAACAAUUUCUACGCCUCCCCCCUGAGCAGAUUCUCCUGCGCUGGUUUAACUAUCAUCUAAAGAAUGCCAAAUGGGAUAGAAGGGUAUCGAACUUCUCCUCGGAUGUCAAGGAUGGUGCAAAUUAUACCAUCCUCUUGAAUCAGUUGGCACCAGAAACCUGCUCGCGAUUGCCUCUUCAGACGCAGGACGUAGUUCAGCGGGCAGAGCAAGUCCUGACAAAUGCAGACAGGUUGGGAUGUCGAAAGUUCCUGACGCCCUCCUCUCUAGUUGCAGGGAACCCUAAGCUGAACUUGGCUUUUGUGGCGAACCUAUUCAAUACAAUUCCAGGCCUCGACCCGAUCACCGACGAAGAAAAGCUCGAAGUCGAAGAUUUUGAUGCAGAAGGGGAAAGAGAAGCCAGAGUCUUCACCCUUUGGCUUAACUCGCUCGAUGUACAACCGGCUGUUAAUUCACUGUUUGAUGACCUUAGGGAUGGAACUAUAUUACUGCAAGCUUAUGACAAGGUGAUCCCUGGUAGUGUUAAUUGGAGACAUGUCAACAAGCAGCCAGUCUCUGGUGGAGAAAUGAUGCGUUUCAAAGCAGUUGAGAAUACUAAUUACGCCACCGAGCUCGGGAAGCACAUCGGCUUUUCUCUGGUAGGUGUACAGGGCGCUGAUAUCACUGAUGGUCAACGUACUCUCACCCUGGGCUUGGUUUGGCAAUUGAUGCGACGAGAUAUCACCAAUACUCUUUCAAACUUGGCUAAGCGUAUGGGCAAGCGUGAGAUAACAGACCCGGAGAUGAUCAAGUGGGCAAAUGAGAUGUCUCGUCGUGGCGGCAGAUCUUCGUCGAUACGCAACUUCAAGGACCAGUCGAUUGCUUCAGGCCUUUUCCUCCUCGAUGUGCUCAAUGGCAUGAAGAGCAGCUACGUCGACUACGAUCUUGUAACUCCUGGUCGGAAUGACGAUGAGGCUUAUGCAAACGCUAAGCUGAGUAUUAGCAUAGCAAGGAAGCUGGGUGCUACGAUCUGGUUGGUACCUGAGGAUAUUUGCCAAGUGCGUUCCCGCCUAGUAACCACGUUCAUCGGCUCCCUCAUGGCCACAUACGAGAAGAUGCAGUGAAGCUCGACAAUGUCGGUCGUUAGCAGUGCACCUCUCCCUUUCCUGUUUAGUCUUUUAUGUGCAAUUCAUAUUGUGUCUGAAGUAUCUGUGUGCAGUAGUCUUCGAUUCAUGCAAUGACAGUUUGCUCUCAAAAUCGCGUUUUUGGCUUGAGCGGAUCGUAAACAAAAACUCUGAGAAUCUGAAAUAGUAUUCGUUGAUUUGUAGGUAUUUCUAUGGACCGUUU